AGUGCAGUGUAAAUCAUGGCGCGAUACGGUCAAAGACCGGAAAAUGCCCUCAAACGGGCCAAUGAGUUUAUGGACCUGAACAAGCCCGCUCGGGCGCUGGACACCUUGCAAGAGGUGUUCCGCAACAAGAAAUGGGCAUACAAUUGGUCCGAGUCGGUGCUGGAGCCCAUCAUGUUCAAGUACCUGGAGCUGUGCGUGGACCUCCGCAAGUCUCACAUCGCGAAAGAAGGCCUGUUCCAGUAUCGAAACAUGUUCCAGUCGGUGAACGUUGGAUCUUUGGAGCAAGUCAUUAGAGGCUAUUUACGAAUGGCAGAAGAGAGAACGGAGGCCGCCCGGGCGCAAUCCACACAGGCUGUCAUUGACACUGAUGAUCUUGACAACCUUGCUACGCCUGAGAGCAUCCUGCUAAGUGCCGUGUCCGGGGAGGAUGCACAGGACCGAUCUGACAGGACUAUACUUACUCCAUGGGUGAAAUUCCUCUGGGAGUCCUACUGCCAAUGCUUGGAGCUGCUCCGCACGAACGCGCACGUGGAGACCUUGUACCACGACAUCGCGCGUAUGGCAUUCCAGUUCUGCCUGAAGUACUCGCGCAAGACUGAGUUCAGGAAGCUCUGUGACAAGCUUAGAAAGCAUUUGGAGGAUAUCUGCAAGCCCACCGUGCAAACUGGCAAUGUGAGCAUCUCUAAGCCGGAGACACAGCAACUCAACCUGGAGACCAGGCUGUUCCAGCUUGACAGCGCCAUUCAGAUGGAGCUUUGGCAGGAAGCUUAUAAGGCCAUUGAGGACAUACACAGCCUCAUGAACAUGUCCAAGAAGACCCCCGUGGCUAAGACCAUGGCCAACUACUACGGCAAGCUCGCCCUGGUCUUCUGGAAGGCGGGCCACUGCCUGUUCCAUGCAGCCGCUCUGCUCAAGCUGUUCCAGCUGUCUCGAGAGAUGAAGAAGAACAUCACCCAGGAGGAGCUGCAGAAAAUGGCGUGCCGCGUGCUGGUGGCGGUGCUGUCGGUGCCGCUGCCGUCGCUGCACCCCGAGUUCGACCGCUUCGUGGAGACGGACAAGAGCCCCGUCGAGAAGGCGCAGCGCCUCGCCGUGCUGCUCGGCCUGGCGCAGCCGCCCACCAGGACCAGUCUGCUUAAAGAUGUGGUCCGUCUCAACGUCGUGGGACUGGCAUCUCCGCAGCUCCAGCAGCUGUAUGCGUGGCUCGAGGUCGAGUUCGACCCUCUGACCAUCUGCCACAACGUCAAGGGAGUCAUCAAGGCCCUGCAGGAGGAACCCAAUUCGCCCCUGGCGCAAUACACCAGCGCCCUGAACGACGUGGCGCUAGUGCGGCUGGUCCGCCAGGUGGCGCAGUGCUACGCCUGCGUGCAGUUCCCGCGCCUGCUGCAGCUGGCCGCCACCGACGACCUGUUCCAUCUGGAGCGCCUGCUGGUGGACUGCGUGCGCCACAACGACAUGCAGAUCCGCGUCGACCACGCCAACAAAUGCGUGCACUUCGGCGUGGAAGCCGGCGGCGGCGAGUGGUGCUCGGCCGCCGACGAGGCCUGCGGCGGCGCCAUCCUGCAGGCCACGCCCGCCGAGGAGGUCCGCGAGCAACUAGUCCGCGCAGCCGAAGUGCUGUCCCGCGCCGUGCAGACGCUGUUCCCGUCGCGGCGCCGCGCCGAGCGCGAGCGCGCGCGCGCGCACAUGGUGCAGCACUACCACGAGCACAAGCACGCCGAGCACCAGCGCGUGCUGCAGCGCCACAAGAUCAUCGAGGAGCGCAAGGAGUACAUCGAGCGGCUCAACACUGUGCGCGAGGAGGAGGAGCUCAGGCGUCAAGAGGAACAGCUCCGCAUCGCGGCCGCGGCCGAGGCGCGCCGCCAGGAGGCGGAGCGCGAGGAGCGCGAGAAGCGCCGCCACGCCUCCGAGAUGGCCGCCGUGCGCGAGCGCCAUCUGCGCGAGAGGAUCGCGCACAUCUCGCAGAGCGACGUCGGCAAGCGCGUGCUGUCCAAGCUGGACGAGGAGGUGCUGAAGAAAAUGGACGCCGAAGCGAUCGCCCAACGUGAGGCUGAAGAAUUGAUGAAAGAGCGCCGCGAGCUGCAGGCCAGGCUCAAGUCUCAGGAGAAGAAGGUGGACUAUUUCGAGCGCGCCAAACGCCUGGAGGAGAUCCCUUUGCUCCAGAAGAGCUUAGAAGAGAAACAGGUGCAGGACAAGGCUUUCUGGGAGCAGCAGGAGAAGGAACGCAUCCAACAACUUAUCGAGGCGCGCACUCGCGAUGUAGCGACAGCGGAGCGCCUGUCGCGCAUGCACUCGCACCGCGACGAGUUCAUCUCGCGGCUGUCGGCCGAGCGCGGCGCCGCGCACCAGCAGCGCCUCAAGGCCUUCGCCGACAAGCUCGCCGCCGAGCGCGCCAAGCGCCGCCAGGAGCGCGCGCAGCAGCGCGCCGAGCAGCGCCGGCAGGAGUGGCUGGCAGAGAAGCGUCGCGCAGAAGAACGCGCGGCAGAGGAAGCGCGCCGCAUCAAGGAGGAAGAGGAACGCAAAGAACGAGAGGAGAGGGAGAGAAAACUGGCGGAGGAACAAGCCGCCGCCCGCGAACGCAAGGAGAAGGAAGAGAGGGAACGCCAAGAAUACCUAGCCCGCGUGGAAGCCAAAGCCCGCGCCAAAGAGGCUGAAGUGGAGCGCCGGCUCGAGGAGCAGAGGGCCGCCGCCGCCUCCGCCAGCUCCUGGCGCCGCGGGGACCCGCCGCCGCGCGACAAGGACGGCAAGCCCGACGACAAGGACAGCGCCUGGAGGACCAAGGCAGACGGCAAGGACGACAAGAAGGCCGAGCCGUGGCGUCCAGCCCGCAUGCGCGAAGCCGGCGCGCGCGACGAGCGGCCGCGCUCGCCCGAGCGGCGCCGCGACGAGCGUCCGCCGCCCGCCAGGGACGACAGGGACAGACGCGACGAGCGUGGGCCCCCGCGCGACGAAGGCGCCUGGCGGUCGGCGCGCGACACGCGCGACAUUCGGGACACUCGCGACAGCCGGGACGCACGGGACCCGCGGGACGCGCGCGACCCGAGGGACGCGAGGGAACCGGAGCGUGACAGGGCGCGCUACGGCGGGCGCUCCAGCGGGCCCGGCGCCGACGGCGGCAGCUGGCGCCGCGCGCCCGCCGACCCGCCGCCGGCUCCCUCCGAACGAUCAUCAGCCUGGCGCACUAAAGACGCACCACCCCGCGACGACCGCUACCGCGACGCCCCGCGUGGCGACCGCGACCGCGACCGCGACGGGCCGCGCGACCGCGACGGCUUCCGCGACCGCGGCGGCGACCGCGACCGCUACCCGCCGCGCCGCGACGACGGACCCCGCGAUCGAGAUGGCCCGAGACGUGACGAUGGACCCCGGGACCGUGACGGACCGAGAAGAGACGAUCGCGACGGGCCGAGACGGGACGAUCGCGACGGGCCGCGGCGAGAUGACCGCGACGGACCACGCCGUGACGAUCGGGACAGGCGCGACGACCGGGAUAGACGCGCGCCGCCUCGUCGUGAGGACAAACCCCGCGACCCCGACGGCGACGACUGGCAGCCCGUCACCCGCCGCUAGGCGCCCGCGAGGGUUCAGAGUCACCCGAGACCACUACAUUGCAAACACUACCCUGUUGUGUACGGCACUAGGUUGAAUGUGUAACUGCUGAUAAGAUGUUACGUUCUUAAUUUACAUUCGUCGAUAGUUUUGUCUCUAUAGUGUUGUGAUUGCUUUAAUAUUCAUGAUUUUUUUAUAUAUAUUCGCUGAAUAUAAACGCAUAGUACACUGCCAAUGUUAGGGACUACACACACAUACACGUACAUGAAUACAAAAAACUUCACAUUCGUGGUGCAAGACCCAAAAUGGCGUCUUUCUACUUUGGUGCUGGCGCCAUCUGUAAUAAGCUAGUAAAGUGUUGUGAGGCUUUAAGCCUGUUUUGCACCUCUUUUAUGUAAUAAAGAACAUAGGAAUGAGAUAUAUCGUUAUCUCAACUCUUUAGUGAUUAACGGCAGCAUUUGCUAAUACACUUAAACUCGCAUUUAUGCUUAUAGAUAUAUUGUUCAAACUCAUGUUUUGAUAUAUGUAAUUGUAAAAGAGGUAGCUUCAUGCGAAUGAAGGUUGUAUUGACUUUAUUCACAAGCCUGGCUUUAACUCUCACAACGCUCGCAAAGUGGUCGAUGAAGGUCUCAUACUGAACCCCUUCUUCGUGUAAUCGGAUUCGCAUAUUAUGUUUAGUUAUAUCAAUGCUUUUACUAACGAUGUAAUAAACAUUACGUUGACGUGUUUGGGCAUA